AACACAGGGCAAUGUCCUGACAGUUUCUGCUAGAAAAAUCUCAUUUCAUGUUAACGGUCAGAAAUGGAGGACAAAGAAAACCCAGCUGGCUCUUAUAAGCAGCUAACCAGUCAGGAAGAAGCCACGGAAGAUGAACUUCCUCUUCACUCAAACCAAGAACAACAGCAAGUGACCCUGUCCACCCUGAGACCUGAAUCCAGUCUGAGUUACCACAAACCGCUCGCCGUCAGCCUGGCAGUGCUUGCUGUCAUUCUGUUAGCAGUUAAUAUCGGCCUGGGAGUCUACUACAGCAAGCUCACUAAUGGCAACAUUUUAAGAGACAUGAGCAGAGAGAUAGCCAAACUGCAGGCUUCUUACAACGCUGCAGUCCAAAGCAGGGAUGAAACCCAGAAACAGCUGGAGACGGAGCGCAAACAGCAGCAAGUCACCAAGUGGGAGUAUGAGCACCUGAUCAUGAGAAUCAAAGACUAUGAAAAGCAGGUGGAAAGAAUUCAGAUGGAAAUCGCAUCAGUGAAUUCCCACCUACCGAUGAUAAGAGAGGGCUGCAGACACUGCUUGGCUGGAUGGACUUUCUUGAGCUCACGCUGUUUCUACUUCCCAUUUUCCGACACAUUCUACCGCACGACGUGGCAGGAGGCCCGACAGUUCUGCCAGAGGCUGGGGAGCGACUUGGCCAUCAUAGACAGCAAAGAAAAAAAUAUGGCGAUAACUGAGCUGGUAAAAAAUAACCAGGAUUUCUCAAGGUCAUUUUACCAGAAUGGCUACUGGAUCGGACUGAGUGAUGCAGAAGACGAAGGAGUUUGGAAAUGGAUUGAUGGGAUGAGACUGAGUGAGGGGUACUGGAAUGCCGGGGAGCCGAACGACAGCAACAAUGAGGACUGUGCAGCCGUGUACCCCAAAGCCAACCCUUUCAUGUCCUGGAACGAUGCACCUUGCAGCUAUAACCUGAAGUGGAUUUGUGAAAUGUCACCAAAAGCCAUGGGUUAAUGAAAUUACUCUUAGAAAAACAGA